ACCUAGCUAUACCAUUAAGAGGCUGCACCCUUGUGGAGAGUAAAGUCCAUCCCUAGAAACUGACCUGUGCAUCAGAAUAAAAAACUUUUCUGUUCUUGUGCUGUUGUCUCCUGUCUGCAGAAAAAUUAUCAGAAUGGCAAUGAAUACAGGAAAACUUGCUGGCAGAACAGCAUUUAUAAGUGGAGCAAGUCGUGGUAUUGGCAAGGCAAUAGCUGUGAAGUUGGCAAGAGAUGGUGCAAACAUAAUUAUUGCUGCAAAAACAGCUGAACCUCACCCAAAACUGCCUGGUACAAUUUAUACUGCAGCAAAAGAGAUUGAAGAAGCAGGAGGAAGUUGCCUUCCUUGUGUUGUUGAUAUCAGAGAGGAAGAAUCUGUACUGAAAGCUGUUGAAGAAGGCGUAAAAAAAUUUGGAGGCAUUGAUAUUCUUGUCAACAAUGCAAGUGCGAUUAGUUUAACAGGCACUCUACAAACCCCAAUGAAAAGAUAUGAUUUAAUGAAUAGUAUAAAUGCAAGAGGAACAUACUUAUGUUCACAGGCAUGCCUACCAUAUCUGAAGAAAGGAAAAAACCCACACAUUUUGAAUAUAUCACCACCUUUGAAUUUGAAUCCAAUGUGGUUCAAAUCUCAUGUAGCAUAUACAAUGGCUAAAUAUGGUAUGUCUAUGUGUGUCCUUGGAAUGGCUGAAGAGUUCAAACCAGAUGGUAUUGCUGUCAAUGCAUUAUGGCCACGUACAGCUGUAGCAACUGCAGCAAUGGAAAUGCUUGGAGGCAAGGAAGCACUGAUACAGUCAAGGAAACCAGAAAUCAUGUCUGAUGCUGCUUAUGUUAUAUUGACAAGUGACAGCAAGUCAAGAACUGGUGGAUUUUUGCUUGAUGAUGAAGUUUUGAGGGGGGUUGGAGUUACUGAUCUGGACUGUUAUGCUUAUGAUCCAAAAGCUGAACUGCUUCCUGACUUCUUCCUUGAUGAUGCGAGUACAGAACAAAAAGAAGAGUUUAUGAAAGAUAUGAAGAAAAGGCAAGGAAGGCCAGAAAGUUCAGCUGAUUCUAGUAGUGGUGACCAAGUCGGGUAUGUUUUUGAGAAGAUUAAAGGUCUUGUAAGUGAUGAUUUGGUUCAAAGUGUGAAUGGUGUAUUCCAGUUCAAGCUAAAAGGAGACAAAGAAGCAGAAUGGUACUUGGAUUUAAAGAAUGGCUCAGGGUCUGUUGGUGAAGGAGGUGCACCAGAAGGGGCAAAUGUGACAAUGGAAUUGAAAACUGAAGACUUUAUUAAAAUGUUUAAUGGAGAAUUGAACCCUGCCCAAGCUUUUAUGGGAGGAAAACUGAAAAUUGGAGGUGACAUGAUGAUGGCAAUGAAACUGGAAAAGCUAAUGAAGAAGUUUAAGUCAAAGCUGUAACAGUUUUAACAUUGUGUGAAGAAAGCUACAAGAGUUGACGCUUUUCAAAAUGCUCAAACAAAGAGUUAUAAUGACAGUCUUGUUUCACAAAAAUAAUUUUGAAUUUAUAAUUCAUGCAUUAAAAUGUAUAAAAUUUUUCAGAAAGCAAAGAAGAACAAUUAAA